AUGGCGUUUACAGGCGAGAACUACACCUUGGUGACUGAAUUUAUCCUAUUAGGUUUUCCAACUCGUCCUGAACUGCAGAUUGUCCUAUUCCUUGUAUUUCUGUUAUUAUAUGGUAUGAUAUUAAUGGGCAAUAUUGGAUUGAUACUGUUAAUAAGAGUGGAUCCUCACCUUCAAACUCCCAUGUACUUUUUCCUUAGCAAUCUCUCACUUGUAGACCUUUGCUAUUCUUCAGUCAUUGUUCCCAAAAUGCUAGUCAACUUCCUUUCAGAGAACAAAACUAUUUCCUAUUAUGGGUGUGCCCUCCAGUUUUAUUUUUUCUGUACUUUUGCAGAUACAGAGUCCUUCAUCUUAGCUGCUAUGGCAUAUGACCGCUAUGUGGCCAUCUGUAACCCUUUACUGUAUACAGUUGUGAUGUCUCGGAGCAUCUGUAUAUGGCUGAUUGUCUUGUCAUAUAUCGGAGGCAACAUGAGUUCCCUGGUCCACACGUCCUUUGCCUUUAUUCUGAAAUAUUGUGACAAAAAUGUUAUUAAUCACUUUUUCUGUGACCUCCCUCCACUGCUUAAGCUGUCUUGUACAGAUACAUCACUAAAUGAAUUGCUCCUCUCCACCUAUGGCAGUUCAGUGGAAGUCAUCUGUUUCAUCAUCAUCACUGUCUCCUACUUUUUCAUUCUUCUCUCAGUCUUAAAGAUCCGAUCCACCAGUGGGAGGAAGAAAACCUUCUCUACAUGUGCCUCUCACCUCACGUCCGUGGCCAUCUAUCAGGGUACUCUCCUCUUUAUCUACUCACGACCCAGCUACCUGUAUUCUCCCAACAAUGAUAAAAUUGUCUCAGUGUUCUACACCAUUAUCAUCCCGGUACUGAAUCCGAUGAUUUACAGUUUGAGAAAUAAAGAUGUAAAAGAUGCAGCUAAAAGGGCUCUAAAAUCUAAAGUAGAUUCUUCAUGA